AUGCAGUUAAUAAAGGAAGGAUAUGCAUUUUUUACCUUAUAUUUAUCUAAAAUAUUGUGGGUAACUUAUUUAGUAUGGGCUUUUGUAUUUGAUGACUUUUUGAACUUAUUGUACUUUCCAUUUCCUUCCAAGUACUGGGCAGCUAUUAUUCCAAGUGCAACUAUUUUUACGUUCCUUUGUUUUAUCCUUUUUACAAUCAUAUACUCAUUUGUUAAAACGGAGCCACCUAGUUCAAUACACCUAGUCGAAGAUGAAUAUUCCUGUUUCAAGGAUAAAAUCACUGGAAGGUCAAUGGACAAUAUGAACGACAUAAAGAUCGAACAAAUUAACAAAUUAUUUUAUGAAACCUCCUUAUAUUUUGAAUAG